UGUCAUUUUUUGACAUUGAUCUGUGUCACAUUAUUUGUUUAUAAACUAAAACUUUUCUGUUCAUUGUUUGGUAGACUAUUUUUUCAAUAUUCUUAUUAUUAAAAAUUGGAAAUUGAAUUAUAUUUUUAAUGUAAUAUAUGUUUUGAAUUGCCUGGAUUUGUAUCUAAACACUCGAUCAAUCAGAAAGCAGAAAUAUUGUGUGGUCAAGAAAAAAUAAGUGUAUCCAAAGGCAAAAUGUUCAAUUCAAUAGGUAGUGGCACUUCUCCUCAAUAUAGUGCCUCAUGUUGUGGAACCAGUGGAUGUGUUUCAUUGCCUGGUCGCGGGGCCCACUCUCAUGCUGUCCACACUUAUCAUGGUGCUGUAUCUUGUAGACCAGGUACAAAGUGAGGCAGAAUUAUACUACCUCAUCAUUGAACUGGCACUUUCUUCAAUGGCAUUUAUAAAUUUGCUAAUUGCUGCUCAAGUAUAUGGUGCAAUAUAUGGCCUUUUCUAUAUAGAUUUAAUCAUAGCAUUUGCCAUGGAUUUAUACUAUAUACAUAAGGAGAGAGGCUGGACAUUUUAAUACAGAGACAAUAGUUCAUUAAGAAACAUAUGUUCCCAACAGUACUUGUUUGUGGUUUUAUAGAGGAUAAAUAUGUAACAAUAGUACUCAGUGCCUACUGAUAAGGCUUCCUGCGAUAAAUAUUAUUAGUCGGCACUUCAUCAUGUAUGCUAAAGGUGUCAAGAGAAGCAGACAAUGUUUCUGCAGACAAAUAUUAGUUUAUUUCAAAGAUAUUAUUAGGAUGUUUAUAAAAAAAAUUAGAAAAUUCAUUUUAAAACUGUGGUGGUGUUGGGGUUUGUUCAGUAUAUUAUGUCUAGUAUCCAUGUACUGCCAGAGAAGUGAGUCAAACAGGUUUGAUGUGGGAGAUGGUGAAAUUCCAGUGAUAGUGUGGUGGACAAAUGGGUUUUUUAAUGAAAAUGGAAUUAAGACUUGUUAUAAUAAUAUAAAAUGUGCAAUUAUAAAUGAUAGGCAAUUGAACGUUAAAAACGUGGAUGGAUAUUUAUUUUAUGGUAGUACUAUAAAUUUAGACGAUCUUCCUCUACCUAGACGACAGGACAAUAUAAUUUGGGCUCUAUUUCAUGAAGAAUCGCCAAGGAACGUUGAAGAAUUUAUGCAUGAAGAAAUGUUAAAUUUAUUCAAUUUCUCCGCUACGUUUAGCCGCUACAGCAAUGUACCAUUCCCUCUACAAUAUUUGGAUUCUGUUCAUGAUAUAACUAGCACAAAGUACUAUUUUAAUACAUCGGUAAAGAACAGUCAUCUCGAACAUAUAGCACCUAUUAUGUACUUACAAUCUGACUGCGAAACUUCAUCUGAACGCGAUGAUUAUGUGAAAGAAUUGAUGAAGUUCAUACAAGUAGAUUCGUAUGGCGCUUGUCUAAAUAACAAGGCGAUGCCUCAGAAAUUUAAAAGCGAUUAUUUGAAUAAUUUAAAUGACCCAGAGUUUCUUAAGUUCAUAGCGAGAUACAAGUUCAUAAUUGCUAUAGAGAAUGGCGUCUGUGAAGACUACUUAACGGAGAAAUUUUGGCGCCCUAUAAAAGUGGGUGCCGUUCCAAUAUAUUUUGGGUCGCCUUCUAUACAAGAUUGGUUGCCUAAUAAUAAAUCUGCGAUACUUAUAAAGGAUUAUCCUACGCCUAAAGCUAUGUACGAGUAUAUACGCUUACUAUUGGAUAACGAUGAAUUGUAUGAGGAGCAUUUAGAGCAUAAAACAAAAAGUGUAAUAACAAACAAAAGAAUUCUUCAAGAGUUACAACAAAGACCGUAUCAAAAUGAUGCAAUAAAAACUGCCGAGAUACUAGAAUGUUUUGUUUGUAGAAAGCUACAUGAAAAGAAAAAAGAAGAUAAAUACAUAGUCACCAAAGAUCAUUAUAACUGCCCUCAACCAAUUUCAGCCUUGACUUUGCAGGUAAAUCCUCAUAAUACUUGGCUAUUUUCAUGGAAGUCGGCUAAACUUAAGGUAGAAGAGUUAUACAAAGUAAUAAAUGGAAAAUAAAAUAUAUUUUAUUGUAUAAUUAAUAUACAUAUAUAUUCUUACAUUUGUUUUGUUAUUCUAUCCUGUUAACAUAUGUCGUCC